AUGUCUUUCGGACCACCAAACAGCGCGCCGCUGCCCUCUUCUUUCGACGAGAAUGCCGACUUCUACAAUGAAAACACCCUCGACAAGAUAUGGCGCCGCUUCCGCGAAGAGCCGCUCGUGCCCCUCGGCUGCGGUCUGACCGUCUGGGCCAUUAUCGGCGCAACCCGCUCGAUGCGGAAAGGUGACCACAAGGCGACCAACAUGUACUUCCGCCGACGUCUAUACGCCCAAGCCUUCACAAUCGCCGUACUGGUCGCAGGAAAUAUGUACUGGCAAAAGGACCGCGUGAAGCGCAAGGAGUACGAGAAGCAAGUUGCGCAGAAGGAGCGCAUGGACAAGAGAGACAGGUGGCUGAGGGAGUUGGAGAUGCGAGACGAGGAAGACAAGGCCUGGAAGGACAGGAUGGCUAAGAAGGCGAGGGGAGUGGGAGAGGAGGCCAAGGGUGUGACUGACAUGGUCGCUGAGAAGACAAAGGAAUUGAAAGAUCAGACUGUCGGAAAAUAA